AUGCUCAGCACACAUUUACAGUGUCAUGUUCACAUAACAGCAUCUACACAGUAUGUGGUUUCAUUAAAUAACGAGUAUCCUGCUUACAAUUCUCUUCCAUUUGGUUCACCUUUAAAAAAUGCUAAAUCAUCUCUAAUCUCAGAAGUUGUUUUUCACCGCAAAAAACAUGCUUACGCUGACUAUGGAAUGGGCGCGCAACAGCAGCCAAAAGGACCGUCAAGUUUUCUGAGGUCAACUGGACAAGUGAACGAUUCGCAAGUAGCGAAUUCAUUUAAUCCACAUAAUGGGGCAGAACUUGGGGUAUCACCUCCAGCAUUUAUAAAGCCAAUGAUGGCAAAAGCUUAA